UACGAUUAUGCAUAAGAGAGACGCUGGCGUUUUGAGCGAUUUGUACGUGGCUUCUGGUUGUUCAUUGGAGCCUUCAUUUGCGCCGAUGGUAGUCAACUACAGAGCUAGCUGUGGUGGUGUUGCGGUCGGAACAGCCGAAUUCAAGAGCAAGAACGACAUGUUGGUUAACGAUGUGCAAUUUUUACGGCUCUGCUUUGUAUUGUUGGAGUCGAAGUGUAAGUUAUAGUAAAAGCAUUAUUAGUAUUGAUUUGCAGCUAUUCGUUGCUUCGAUCCGGACCUUAUUCCCCUUCGGUGGAACUAGGCUAGUGUAACUAAUAGUCGGCAUCCCAAUUUUUAGGAACUAAGAAUCAUCCCUUCUUCAGUUCAUAUCCAGUAGAAUCCAAGGACGGACUGGCGACGAUUCCUGUAGAGCUCUACCACGAGACUCCGACUGUUUUGAUGGUGCAGACUUUGCGUGAUAUCGAGGAUGUGGAGGAAGACGGAAA